AAAGGCGGAGGAGCCGCGCGCGAGGCAGAUCUACCGCAGCACGGCGGCCUCGCGACCGAUUGAAACGGUACCGGUAGCAGGUGUUUGUGUGUGUUUUUGAGGCCGCGCGCGCGUGUUGGGGUGCUGGUUGUUUGCGCUGCUCCUCGCUGGGCGGAUGGAGGAACAAUGGAGACCGAGUCCGCGGAAAUUUCUGGCCGCCCUCCGCUCUCCCCAUCAUUGUUUAUGAUGCUGCUGCUGUUGUGUAGGAGGACAGGGACGGAGCCCAUCUCACUGGAUUCCUGCUAGAAAACAAGCCGCGCACACUCCCAUACUCUCUCACUCUCUUAUAAAAACACACACCCUCUCACAGACACACGCUCGCGCCCUGAGCUCGCGCUGGCCUGGCCUCUCCUCUCCUCCUCCCGGCGCGCGGCAGCAGCAGAUGUUCGCAGGUCUCCUCCUCAACCGGCGACAUGGUGACGUUCCCGGCUCUCGCCCAUUACUGGCCUCUCAUCCGAUUCCUGGUCCCUCUGGCCAUCACCAACAUCGCCAUCGACCUCGGCGAGCAGGCUUUAAACAGAGGGAUCGCCACUGUCAAGGAGGAUGCGGUGGAGAUGCUGGCCAGUUAUGGCCUGGCCUAUUCCCUGAUGAAGUUCUUCACUGGACCUAUGAGCGACUUCAAGAAUGUGGGGCUGGUGUUCGUCAACAGCAAGCGCGACCGGACCAAGGCAGUGCUCUGCAUGGUUGCUGCUGGAACUGUAGCCAUCAUUUUCCACACUCUGAUAGCCUACACAGACAUGGGCUACUACAUCAUCAACAAGCUGCACCAUGUGGACGAGUCGGUGGGCAAUAAGACCAGAAAGGCUUUUCUCUACCUGGCUGCGUUUCCCCUGCUGGACGCCAUGGCAUGGACCCAUGCUGGAAUCCUAUUAAAGCACAAGCACAGCUUUCUCGUUGGCUGUGCCUCUAUCUCUGAUGUCAUAGCACAGAUUGUUUUUGUGGCUAUUCUGCUGCACAGUCAUCUGGAAUGUGUGGAGCCGCUGUUGAUUCCCAUUCUGUCUCUGUACAUGGGAGCUCUGGUGCGUUUCACUAUUGUGGGUCUGGGCUACUAUCGAAACAUUCAUGACAACAUCCCAGACUCCAGUGGCCCCGAGGUGGGGGGUGAUGCCACCAUCAAAAAGAUGCUGAAUUUCUGGUGGCCCCUGGCCCUCAUACUGGCCACACAGCGCAUCAGCAGGCCCAUCGUCAACCUGUUUGUGUCCCGUGACUUAAAGGGAAGUGCUGCCUCCACUGAGGCAGUCGCAGUUCUAACAGCUACGUAUCCUGUAGGACACAUGCCGUAUGGAUGGUUAACUGAACUCCGGGCCGUCUACCCUGCUUUUGACAAGAAUAACCCGAGCAGCAAGCUGGCUAAUGCUGGCACAACAGUUACCAAGUCCAACAUCAAGAGGUUUACGUUUGUCUGUCUGGCUCUGUCCAUCACACUCUGUUUCGUGGUUUUCUGGACGCCGAAUGUCUCAGAAGGGAUUCUGGUGGAUAUCAUAGGGGUGGAUCACGCUUUUGCUGAGCUCUGUGUUGCCCCACUGCGAAUCUUCUCUUUCUUCCCUAUUCCAGUGACGGUGCGUGCUCACCUGACCGGCUGGCUCAUGACCCUGAAGAAGACCUUUGUCCUGGCGCCGAGCUCCGUACUGCGGAUCAUCGUCCUCAUCACCAGCCUCAUAGUGCUGCCAUACAUGGGUGUGCAUGGAGCCACUCUGGGGGUUGGAUCUCUGUUGGCUGGCUUCAUUGGAGAGUCCACAAUGGUGGCGAUUGCAGCGUGCUACGUCUACCGGAAACAGAACAAAAAGAAAGACUGUGACGGAGAGGUGGCCAACGAAGGCGAGGACUCCGCCCCCAUGAACGAAGUCCGAACUGGCCGGAUGGACGACAUUGUUGAACUGACGGAGGAGAAUGACGAUGAUGAGGAGGAAGAGUGAGAGGCGGGCGUUUGCGGGACGUCCGUGACGAAGGCACAGGACUGCUUUCCUGUGCGUCCCUGCUGGUUCUGAAAGAAUUCCACGUGGACGUGCUGGAGGAAGAAACAGGGAAUCCUUUUGCUUUUCCAGGGCAAUUUUUAAUCGCUUACUGCCCUCACCCCCUCCCUUCCUCUGUUGCUGCUGCUCUUUCCAUCCCUUUCUGUGGCAGAGCGACAGAAAGCCCUUCUGCAGUGCGCACACAGAGAACACUUCAGAGAGGGAGAUUUAGAUUUAGAAGCUCAAAGACGGAACGAGAACGAGAGCAUCUGUCUUUGUGUUAAUUUAUUAUUUAUCAAUUUUGGAAUAUUUUAAAACAGAACCAUACACACACACACACACACACACACACACACCUUAUUGUCUUCCAGCUGUCAUCAGGAACCUUCGGGUGCAGGACAGCGAAGAUGAUGAUCGAUUUGUACCAAAGCAACCGUCGCACGCUAACUCUUGCUUCUUUUAACUCUCGUCCUCUGUGCUCUACUGUGCUGCCGUCCUUACACUAAACCAACCUUUACAGAAAAAGAAAGAGAGAAAGCAAAUACUAAACAAAGCAGUGACUUAAUCAGCUUGGAAUGUACAUAUCUUUCAUUGUUGUUGUUUUUCUUUGUUUUUUUGAACUUGAAUUUACUGCAGAAAGAGAGGAAAAGGACAAUACGAAGUUCUGGGAGCAGGAACCUCUCAACCCAAAUGUUGCUGCACAGCUGCCGAAGGACCAGUGAAAUCUUUUAUCAGAGAAUUGUUCGAAAAGAGAGAGGAAAUAUAUAUAUAUUACAGAUUUUUAUCAGAUUUGAGUGUGAAUUAGAUGAAUAAUAAUAAUAUUAAUAAUAAUAAUAAUAAUAAUCAUAUGACUAGAUGCAAACAAAAAAAAAAGUGGCCUCAGAGUGCUAAAGUUGGUUGAAGUUGGUGGGCCAUUUUUACCGGCACUAUUUUUGUAACAUUCUACGUCAUAGGUGUAUAAAAUCUAGUCCGUUUUUUUGUAUGGGUGACAUUGUGAAGUCUGUAAACGGUGGGAAGGGGAUUGAUGAUAAUAUUGGUGUGUGUGUUUUAAUGAUCACGUCUGUUGCAGUAUUUUUAGGAAAAAGAAAAAAACGGAAGUUAUUUAAUUUGGGCAUUUUUUUGUAUCUCAGGAUGUAUAUUAUUGAGAACGAUGCAUAUAAAGAGUAUCUUGAAGUCCAGUUGUUGAUCCUUCUUCUAUCCUGUAGUACGAGUUUAUCAAUGACACUGCACAAGUAUUUAUGAUGUCUACAGAAUCUGUUCGUUUUGAUUUAGCUGGAGAGCGAAGUCUGGCCAAGCUCUUUCUUUUGUACUAAAUGUUGCUGCUUGAUUCAAAGCAGUGGAAACACACAGUACAAAUAAAAGUUCAGACUUUUGUUUUUUACUGUCUAACAAAGACAAAGACUGCUUUAUUCUACAGUGAUUAAAGGGUGACCAUGUGGUUCAAAAUGC